AUGGUGCUAAAGGUUGGAUUUUAAGGAGGAACUGGCGCCCGGAAAGUCGUGCUCCGAUUGGAAGGUGGGGCGAGUGCCCGGUGGACAAGUGCACCUUAUUCUGCACCCCGGUGCCAGCCUCGGGAACUGCACGCGGUACCCCCACCCCCAACUCCCACGCAGAUUACAGUGUGGCGUGCCGGGCUCCCCCGGCGGACGAGACUAGUGGUUCACUCCGUCCCGCCCACGCAGAGGCUGCUCACUGGCUCCCACAGCGUUUCAGGACUCUUUGGUCAGACCCCUAAAAGGAAGGAGCUUGGCCUUCGCCCUCAGACUUUCUUAAGGGUAGGGAGCGUUGUCUUCGGUUCUGCCCCCUCGCACUCAGCCCCAGACUGGCUCUCAGCCUCCACCCUCGGACUUGUGCCUAGGAACAAAUCCGAGGUUCUUGCCUUCAGACCUGGGGAGAGGGUUAGACCUCCACUCUCAGGCUCUGAAAAGGGCUUCUUCAGGGCUUGCUCUCUAUCUGAGCUCCUCUCACUCCUCCACACCUCAAGACGCUCCAGGAUGCAGAACAGACACACAGACACUCCACGAGGAUCAAAGAUCUUUAAAUAA